CUUCAUUAUAUCAAAGAAGACGUCAAAGUGAUCUACUGUCAAUUGCCGUUUUUUCGUAAUUCUUUUAAUUUCAGCGAAAUAAUAAAAUGACGAAGGCUUCGCAGACGGGGGGCGUUAAGCCCAUGUCAAUAGGUGGUCGAUUGAUGGACGUUCGAGAACGUACAAUCGGUAUGACAGAUGCUGAAAGAGCCUUCCGAAAGCAAUGGGUAAAAGAUCAACAAUUGGCAAAAAACGAACCUGUGCACGUACCAGAAAUGUACGAAGCCUUGAAUAACCCAAUAAAGAGAUUCUAUAAGCGGCCUUUAAAUAAAUUUGAAGCAUUAUUGGUACCGCUUGUGGGUGCUAAUAGAGCUGGUUCUAUUCGUUAUUACACAGGUAAAAUUCUUAUGGGUAUAGCAGGAGCUUAUUUACUGACGUACUAUUUAAAAUACAACACCAAUGAUUGGACACGUACUAAUGGUAUUAGAAUUCUGAAGUCCAGGGAAGCUUGUCUUCCAGGCGAUCCAGAUUUUCCUUGUGUUUCUCAAAGGUGUCAAGGAUCAGAUUAUGCUGAUAGAGGGUUUAAUUCUUGUAAAUUAGCACUAUAGAUGCUUCUGUUUUUAG